GUUAAUAUCAAAAUUUGUAUCCAAAACUAAAAACAAAAAAUAUAGAAAUAAAAUAAUCUAAAAUAUAUAAAAAAUAUUAGUACAACUUAACUAUGCAAUCAUUUCGUAGAAUUUUACAAAAAUUUCAUUAUAUCUUUCAAGAACACUAUCCCUGCAUUUGGUUUGGCUCGGUCUUUACGCUGGUCCUAGUUGGUUUUUUACACUUUGAGCUCAAACAAAAUAACAAAGAUUUACUGUAUUGGAAAAAUCUUCUACAAUAUUGCUACCAGGAGUUGGAACAAUUUGCUAUAAUGCUGAUUAUGUUAAUGAUUUUGGUGAAAAUCAUUUUUGUGGGUUUAAUAAUAAUGAUGAACACUAAAACGGUGCAUUGGUAUGAUGAACUGACUCAAUUGGAAGUGAAGAAACGUUAUGCGGAUUUUCUGGUGCUGCGUCUUAUUGCCGAUAUUGAUAAGAUAGAAGCGAAAUAUUUGCGCAAUAAUAAGACCAGUGAUAUUAUUACAUUGAAAAGUUUCAUUUUGGCCCAUGAAAACAUGAAGAAAAGCGUAGAAAACUUUCGUAAAGAUGCUCGCAAAUUGUUGGCUCCCAAUGAAGUGGAAAUUACGCUGCCGAUCGAGGAGGUUUAUGGUGUGUUGGAGAAUGAGAUGCUUUAUGUGAAAAGGUCGAGAUUUUGCAAUAUGGACAUAGAGACCGAUGAAAAUGUUAUUAAGAAAUUAGUGAAUCCUUGAAAGUAUUUAAGUAUUUUAAAUCUAAGGUGUUUGGUUACUAUUUCUUGAAAUAUAAAAUUUACUAUAUAGAUCAGUUAAAUAUUUUGUGUAAAACCAAUUAAACAACUUAUUCACCCGGCUCUCUAUCUAUUUCCUUUAACUGUUAUUAAAAUCAAGCCAUA